AUGUUAAACAAAGAUGUUAAUUUAGAGUAUGAUAUUCUUGAUAACUAUGCAUCUGAAACUUCUAUAAUAAAUCAGCAAAUUCUAACUGUCGAAAAUUCAUCUAAAGAACUUGACACUGAACGUCUUCCAAAACAUUUUCAAAUAUCACAAAAUUUUACUGACUCUUUAGAGGGAAUAUCAGAAAAUGGUGAUAACAUAACUGUUGAUGAGACUCAGCUAAGAUCUGAAUUAGAAAAGAUUAAAGAUGAACGACAACAAUUAAUCGAAGAAAAUCUUGGCUUACAAGGUGAUCUUAAAGAGUUAGAAGGUGAACGUGAUAAAUUAGCUAGGGUAAUUGGCAUAAUGAAAACAGAAUGGGAAAAACAAUAUCAAAAACUUCAAAUGGGUUAUCAAAAACUUCAAAUAGAUUUUAAAGAGUCAGAGAUAAAUCGAAUUGCCUUAGAAUCUCAAUUAUCAGAAUUACGACAAGAAUACGAUAAGUUAGAAAAACCUUCUAGUAGAGUGGAAGAAAUUACAGAUAGACUACAAGAGGUAGAAAAUCAAAAGAGUGCUUUGUCAAAAGUAUUUGAGAGUCAAAUGAAGGUGAUAGCUGCUGAAAGGGAAGGGUGGCAACAACGUGAGACCGAACUUACAGAUCAUCAAAAAUCUAUAAAUAAUGCAUUGAAAAAGCGUGAAUCGGAAGUUAAAACCUUGAGACAAGAGUUGAAUGUAACUUUGGCUGAUAAACAAACGAUGAAACAAAAAUUAAUAGAAGUCGGUAAAGAAAAGAUGUUGGUAGACGGGCGGAUUCGUGAAUUAGAAUCUGAGAAGAAAAAGUUUGGGGAAAAAUUAUUGAAGUUAACAGAUGAGAAAGGGAAACUAACGAAUAAACUAACGGAUUCUAAGAAACAGUUAGAUAAAAAUAAAGCACAAAUAGCGGCACUUGCUAAAAAACUAGCUGAAGCUGAUGUUGAACAACAAAAGAUAAUACAAACAUUUGAAAAAUCGAUGGCACAAUCUGAAAAAACAUGCGCAAAUCUUAGAAAUAAACUUAAUGCAGUACAAAAAGAAAAUGAACAACUUAUUCAAGGAAAUAUUGUGUCAUUUAAAAGAAAUGUGUCGGAAAUAUCAUUUGAAACUAAUGAUAAAAUAUCAUCUGAUAGCAGUACUACAGAAACAUUGAUUGACAAAGAUAAUGAUAAUACAAUCAACCCAUUGACGUUAGAACAACGAAUAAUCGAAUUAGAAAAUUCCUUAAAAUUAUCGAAAUCUGAUUGUGAUAGAUUGAAUGAAAAAUUGGCCCAAAUACAAGUUGAAUACUUAAAUGCUGUUAACGAUAAGGAUCAAUUAACGUUAGUGAAACGAGAAUCAGAUAAAAAGGUCAAAGCUCUGGAAGCACAAUUAGAAAGUGUUGGAAAGGAACAUGGAACUAAUAAUUCAAAUGAGCUUAAAAUAAAUGAUGAUUUACGAAGCCGUGAGAUAUUAUCUACAUAA